CCGCGCGGCAUACGCGGACGCGGAUCGGAGCCAUCUUGCUAGUGGUCGUUGAAAUGCUUGCGUCUCUGCCACAAAUCGCUUUUAAUUCGCACUAAUUAACCUUUAAAUACAACAAAAACAAUAUAAAAACUAUUGCACAAGUGUAAAAACUGUGAUUAACGUGUGUACAAAGCCGUGAUUGCAAAACAUUGUUGACAUAAAUUGUGUGUGUUGUUGUUUUAUGUGUGUGCUGGCUGUGUGCAUUCCGGCCGCCUAGAUCUCCAAUAUCGGAUAUACCAUGUGCUAAGUGACAGUGCCAGUGCGGUGCAGUGUUAAUAGUGACCAUGUGUAGUGAUACAGUGACAGUGCUUCCAUCUGACGACAGGUUCUGAAUGAAUAUAGACAAAGGCGGGGUAUGGAGAAGGAGAACGGCGAGGGCGGCGAGCCGGCCGGCAAGCCGCCGCCGGACGGGUUGCUUGACGCCGCUGGACUCUUUGGCGCAUACUGGGGUCGAGAUGGCGCUGCGAGCGGCGGCGCGGCCGCGCAGGCGCAGGCGCAGGCGCUCUUCGGCUUCAGCGGCCGGUAUCCGCCGCCGACGACGCUCGGCGUCGCCGCCAACCAAGCGGCCUCACUCGGCCUCCACCCGGCUGCCAGCGCGGCCUGGUGGUCGAUGGCGUCACACCUAGCAGCUCAGGACUACCUCGCCCGCCUCCAAGCUUCCGGGCUGAACUUCCCACCACUGGGCGACCCGUACUCAGCCCUAUCAGCCUUGUCCGCCACCGGCUUGAAACAACCGUCGAAGCCGGGGAAACAACCUAGUCGAAAUGACAGAUCAGGCAGAAGUAGUACAUCAUCGAGUGCGUCAACGAAAGAGAAGAGCCCCUCCACUAGUACUUCGAGUUCGCAACCCAACAUGAGUGAGUGGGGGUCAUCUUACGGCUUCCCAAAGACCUCGUCUCCGUCUACGAUGCACUCGCAGUCGCUGUCGAGCCUGGCGUCUCUGAAUAAUUUGGUGUCCGCGCCGCACCAGUCCAAGCCGAGCAGCAAGCAGCCCACCGCACCAUCACAAACCAGGAAGCCGUCGUCAUCAGCCAGCAGUACGGGCUCGAAGGGCAAAGAGCGGGAGCUGGCGCUGCUCCGCGGCGACCUGAUGCUCGCGCAGGCGGCCGCGCACGGCGCCUACCAUGCCGCCGUUGCCGCCGCCGCCAAGGGGAAGAACAUGUCGCCUCUGUAUCCGUUCGGUGUGGGUUCAGACAAGGACCGGCACGGGAUUGACUCCUUAACUGGUUUACCGCAUACAAUACUCAGUGCUGCUUUGGAAGGAGGCGACCCAGCGUCCGUGCUAGGCGGAGUGCGACUUCCACCAGACACCGAGAUCAUUAAAUACACUUCAUCACUUGCAGGACCCAAGUCAACGCCGGGGUCGACGACCCGCGGUCGCAAGAAGACGAUCUCUCUGGAUCCGCCGCACGUGUCGCUGCAUCCAUCCGCCUCGUCGUCCACAGCGCCUGACCGGACCACGCACCCCAGUAAAAGGCAGAAAGUGGACGAGUACGGUAACUCGCGGUCGUCGGUGGAGGUGAUCCGGCUUCCCAACAAGCCGGAACGUGGCGGUCACAACUCGCUGUCGGGAACUCCGCCGCCCAACCUCUCAGACUAUGCGGGCAUAUCCCGGGAGCUGCUGCAGACCAUAGCUAGUCAGAGCGGAGUGAGUCUGGCCGCGCUCGAGAGACAGCUCGCUGGGUCUACUGCUCCCUCAGAUUCGGGCCUAAAUCUAAGUACGAAGUCUGGUGGGGCGAGUGGAGCUAGUGGGACUACUGGGGCGAGUGGGGCGGGCGCGGACGACAGCCCACUCGACCUCGGCGUCAAGAGUGGGGACGACGAUGCGCCUCUCAAUCUUUCACUCAAGCCUACACCGCCGAGCACACAAGCAUCGGACGCCCUCUCGCGGUUAACUUCACUGAGUAGUUCCCUCAACGCGACUGGGAGCAACGACAGGAUAUCUCGCCGGAAGCCGGGCGCGAAGCCCCGACGGGUCGCUCCAGAACUGAGCUCUCAGCCGGCAGACUCGCCGCGGCCCAAGUCCAGCGGCAGCGAAGACAGCGAGUCUGUCCCAGCGUGGCCGAACCGGGAAGGUAGGCCUCGUAAUCUCGGGCGGGGGGUGAGCAAGCCAAAGAAGAACACCGUCGCCUCAUUAUUGGCCCAAAGCAGAGCCCUAGGGCUCCGGCCUGCGCUCGCGCAGCAGCUGCUCGGCGAGACUGACUUGGAGAAGCUGAAGGCGCUGCUGGGCGAGAGCGCUAGCACAGACUCGGAGUGUCCGUCGGACAGCUGCCCGUCCGACUCGGACGCCAGCGACGCCGGCCGCCGCCCGCACGACGCUCAGCUACGUCUGCCGCUCGCGCUCGGCUGGAAGCGCGUGACUGUGAUCAAGGGUCUCUCCCGUAACUGCAACAUCAAAGGCGACGUCAGCUACUCCCCGCCCGAGCCGCACGCAUCGUUGCACAUCAAGAACAUGCAGGAGUUGCAAGCGUUCCUCGAGGCUCGUCCGUGCCCGCCGCUGUCUGCGGACAACUUCAGCUUCAGCGCUCGUCAUGUUCUGGGAGAGUACGUGCAGCCACCAGCCUCGCCCGAUCAGGAGCCACUGCUCUUCAACGAGACCGAGAUCACCAAGAGGCUGGAGGAGGCGCGGUCGCUGGCGGCGCUGGGCGGGCGGCCGACGCCGCCGCCGGUGGACCGCCGCAUCGAGCUGGCGCGGCGCCAGCAGGCCGCCCGCCACGCGCGCCGCGACGCCUGCGCCCGCGACCGCGACCAGGCGAGACUAGUCAGAGAGCUAGAGAGGACCGAAAAAGCGGAAAUGGCCAAACGAGAGAAAGAGGCCAGGAGUCAGCAGCUUUUAGAGCAUAUCAACAAGAAUCGAUCGCAGCUGACCAUCGAGCCGUUGCCGGCGGCACACAAAAUCGGUAAUGCCGAUUGGAAGGUACCAGAUGUAGUGAUGGGACCAGCCAAAUCGAAUAAGGAUCGAGUGAUGCCGCCCAUUAGUUUGUCCCUUAUACCAGUUGGGCCUAAAGAUACCCAGAAUUCGCCCAUCAAAGCUCUCAACUUCGAAACCACGUGGAAAGAGAACGAAGAAUACAACGCUUUGGAUAAAAUGAAGGAUUUCGCCGAGAAAGCCGCGUUCGACUUACCGAAACCGGCCAGUGACAAGUAUUACGACUUUACCCUGAUGAGAACGAACGAAACACGACCUAAGGCCCAGGACAAAGAGAACAAUUUGGAGAAACUCAUAGAAUCGUACUCGCGGAUCAGCGAGUUUAUGAAUGGUUGCGAUUGGUCGAAAUUUCAAGCGGACAAAAAAAGCGAGGACCCCAAAUCAUUGGAGCAGAAAUAUUUGGAUGCCAAAAACGAAUUCAUGUCACAAAACCUGAGUUUGAUGCCUAAAGAGAAUCACAAGUCCGUCCUCAAAGAAGUGAUCGACUUAAGCGAGGACGAUGACAACAUAUUGAAUGAUAUAAUAUCGAAAAAAAUAAGCAAAGGCACGUUCAAUAUCGGCAAAGAUGGAGCUUUAUCGAUAUCGGUCCAUCCGUUCGGCAAUUCGGCUAAGAAGAGAAAACAGGAAGAGGUAGAAAGACAAAGAAUAGAGGAACAAGCGAAACGGCAGCAGGAAAGAGAAAUAAAGCGACAACAGGCAAUGCUGUUAAAGGAACAGCAAAAGUAUAUUACUGAGGAACGUGAGAGGCGGCGGCAACAUACCACCUUCAUCCGGCAACUGGACUCGAGGAGGAGAUGGGAGGAGCGCGAGAGGAGGAAGCACCAGAACCUCCUAGACCGUCUCCUCGCCAAAGAGAAGAAGCUACAGCAGCGGCGGAAGGAGAUGGAACUGCUGUCUGAGUUGAGGCGGCCGCAGGAAGACUCCUCGUUAUCAGAUCAGAAGCCGCUGCCGGUCCUGAACAGGAUUCCCGGCCUGAAGCUCCCCGGACAGGCCAUGGCCGAUUUACUACAAGUUUUCGAGUUUGUACACAACUUUGGACAGACAUUAGGAUUUGACAUGGAGUCGCUCCCCACUCUCAAUACUCUGCAGAUGGCGCUGCUACCGGACUGCAGCACUGAAGCCGAGGAUGAAUUAGUCCAAGUGCUCACACAGCUGCUGGUCUGCGCGAUAGAGGAUCCUGGCAUCCCGCAUCCGGGGCGGCACACCACGCUGCUGGGCCACGCCAUCCGCAUGGGGGACAUCACGCCCGCCAACCUCAGCGAGGUGCUCAGGAUAUAUCUUUACGCUAAUGCCACUGGAGAGGUCAAGGCACUUACUGGUCUAACAGCGGAGCGGGAACGCGAGCGGCGCAUCGCUGACCACCACCAGACCGACGCGGAGAUGCAGGUCACGUGCUCCAACUCCAAGAACGGGACCUACUACGAGCAUCUGCACAACAACAGCACGUACAAACUGUCCGAGUCACUUCGUGACAAACCAUUCCUGGCGCUAAACUCGACGGCUAAAACGAAGAUACUAGCAUUCCUUUGCAACGAGCUGCUUCAGAACAAAUCAGUGCUGCGGCAGAUCGACGGCUCGCUGGAACAUCUCAAUCAGCUGAAGAAGGAGAGGUACCUCCUGGAUAUGAAGAUUAGGAAAAUACGUGUGCUCCAUCAACGCAAAUUACGCACCGAGCAAACGGAAAAGCAACAAGCGCUCGCUUUAGAGCGCAUGCAGCGGCUGGUGGAAGAAAGUACCGCCAACUUGAACAGAGUCUCGCCGCAGCCGCACGAGGAUACCGUGUGGAGAGAAAACCCACCACAAGAUAAAGAGACGCCCAAGAAAGAUCUGUCCCCACCAGAAGCGGACGACAAACCUAUCUCCCCGUACAAGGACGCGCCGCCCGAUGAGAGCGACAAGGAACUAUCGCCCUUAAAGGACCUGUCCAACAAUAUGAAAACGAAGGAGAUACUCAACAACAAUAAGGAGGAAUGUUCUCCGACAGACAAUAAGUUGGACAAAGACAGUGUGAUGGGUGAUUGUGAUGCUAUAUUAAGUGAUUUGGAAAGCGAGGGAACGCAACCAGAAGAGGACGAGGACAAGAAUUUAUCAUCAGAAGAACUAGGCCGCAAGCUGGAGAAGCUGCUCAGGCAAUCAGAACAGCAGUUACAACAACUAACAGCCGGGUCACACGCACUAAGAGCCACGUGUUAUGGACAGGACAGGUACUGGCGACGGUACUGGUCCCUGGGCAAGUCAGGCGGCAUCUUCGUCGAGGCGAUGGAGUCUGCCCAGCCAGAGAUCAUGCAGUACCACCAGGGGCUGGAAACGAAUGCGCUCAACGGAAAACAGAAUGAAGAUAGCAGCAAGAAGAAGAAGAAAGGCGGCAGGGAAAAGAAAGAGACAGAAGACAAACGAGACCCCGAGACGGAGGCUCUGAAGAAAGAAGAGGCGCUGAAAAGCGAAUUAGAACUAAAAAGCAUCAAAUCAGAGUUGAACUUGAGCGAUCACACGCAAAUUAUUAAAUACGAGCCUAAUGUCAAACACGGAGCUUGUAAAGUCGAAGGUUCGUCAAUAAAAAUGGAAGAGAAAUACAUCCAACAGAAACAGAACAACGAGGAAGAAGACAUGCUUGAUAUAGAGGACUCCAUCCCCACAGCGUUUCUCGUACAGAAGCCCACUCAUAAACCCAUGUAUGCCACCCAAGCGGAACCCAUAGACAAGCCACAAGAGAUCGUGAAAGUCGAGAACGUAGUCAAGAAUGAAACGGAAGACGAAUCAAAAGAGAAAGAUCAACUAGUCAACAAUUUAGAAGAAUUAAGAAAGUUAGCCGAAGCUGUCUCCUCGCAGAUCGACGCUAAGGAGGAGAUAAAAGAAGAGAAAGACGUCAAGGAAGUGAAAAAAGAGAUCAUGGAUCCGGAGUCCGCUCACAAUCAUCUAUACGCGAAGAUGUUAGAAGGAAAAUGGUUCUCAAUACUGAGGCACGAGAAUUCAUUUUUGACUAACAUCCACGAGGAGAAACAUGAUAAAAUACCAGAGUACUGCGAUAACGAGCACACGUGUUCGGAAGUGGUGGUGUGCCAAGGCCACAAGUGGGAUGUUUCAAAUAACUUACACUUGCUGAACGACCCGAGUUUGUUCACACUGAAUAGCAUGGUAACUAGUGUACAGGUGCCAUCAAAUAAUGUGUAUGCGGACUCUAGUCUGACCAUGUCUGGGUUAGACCAAGUCAUGAUGGAUGCGAGUUUGAACAAAGACAGCAGUGUGCAAGAGAAUGAAGUUGAAGAGGAGAGUAAGGAGAUGGACAAUGACCUCGAAAAAGAACUCCAAGCAGACGCCUUAAAACACGACGCAGCGUCCCAAAAGGCCAAAGCUCAGAGCCUCACCAGCCUUGGACUGCUGAACUUCAACGCCCUCUCGACGUACGUGACCUGUGACAGUCCACCGCCGAUACAGAUGUCCCCUGAGGAAAUGGAGCAGUUGGAGAAUUGUAAAGUCAAUGGUCUACCGAAGAAGAUUGAGGGGAACUUUGUAUCUAGGGAACUUAGACACGGCUGGUGGCGUAUCACGGAACCUGAACAGCUGAAGGACUUGAUGGAUGCUCUCCAUCCGCGAGGAGUUCGCGAGAGGGAACUGCACACGGCCCUUGUGCAGCAUGUACCCACUGUUAAUAAUAAGCUGUACAUAGAGAAGGGCGACAUGCUGAGCACGGAGCUGUCCCUGUCGCACGUGGACCGCGUGAUCGCCCAGAGCGGAGGCUUCCCCGGCCCGGACCCGCCGGCCUCCUACUCCCUCGCCACCGCCAGGAGGCUCGACAUGCACAUACUCAACACGGUGGAGCAAUUAGAAGAGCGCGUAGCAGCAGCGUGGAUGCAAGUCAAAGGCUGGCGACCGACUCGCGGUGUCGACGACACUAUGUCCAUAGUGGCGCAGGCGAGGAAGAAGUUGGCACAACUAGAGGCCCACAUAGAGAGACGAUACUUAAAACCGCCUUUGGUACAAAGGUAUGCUAGCACGGCCGAAGCAACCCUGGGUGCAGUGUUGCAGGGCGAACAUGGAAACUCGUCGGCAUCCUCACCACAGAACGCCGAUGGUGCUACUGAGGCAAAAGCAGAUACAAAAGGCAUAGCCCGAGGACUAGCGACGUGGAGGGAGGCUCUGAGCAGGUGCAAUACGUCCGCGCAGUUAGCGCAGCUGGUGCAAGCUCUGGAGGCUGCCGUCGCUUGGGAUAAGAGCAUCAUGAAAGCGAACUGCCAGUUCUGCUUGCGCGGUGACGACGAGGAGCAGCUUCUUCUAUGCGACGGAUGCGACAAGGGCUACCACACGUAUUGCUUCAAGCCGCGGAUGGAGAAGAUCCCGGAGGGCGACUGGUACUGCUGGGAGUGUGUGAACAAGGCGCGCGGCGAGCGUGUGUGCAUAGUGUGCGGCGGCGCUCACCAACACUCGCGCACCAUCCCGUGUGCACUGUGCGUGCGGGCCUACCAUCAGGACUGCCACUACCCGCCACUGCCGAAGAAUCCCCGCGGCAAGUGGUACUGUUCGCAGUGUAUAUCCCGCGCGCCGCCCAAGAAACCGCGGAACACAAAGAAGAGGGAAAGCAAACACAAAGACAGCCUCGAGGUCGACCAGAACAUGGUGCCCAGUCCGGCGGCGUCGCAUGCUUCCACCUCAACUACCGCGGAGGAAUGUCCCCCCGCAGUACUGAGUACGCCCGAAAAGGCCGACGGCUCGGACAAGCUCGACGAGUCGCUCGCCGAGCCUGAAAAUGGACUCAAUCAUCACCCAGCUGUGGCCGCGGGCGAGCCGCCGCCGGAGGAAGGCCCGGCCGACAAACGGCGCGCGCUUCUAUACGUUGGUGGCAAUGGGCAGCUGCAACACCACGACGACCAUGUACACGGUGAAGACCAAGAUACUGAAAAUGUCCCACUACUGUCGCGAGCGAAGAAGGAGAAGACCUCUGCCAAAAAACUGCAAAAAGAUAUGCAGAUAUGCAAGAACUUGCUGUGCGAGAUGGAGUGCCACGAGCACGCGUGGCCGUUCCUCAUACCGGUCAACACGAAGCAGUUCCCCCAGUACAAGAAGGUGAUCAAGUGCCCCAUGGAUCUCUCCACCAUCAAGAGGAAACUGCAGGAUAGCAGCUAUAAGAGCAAAGAAGACUUCGCGUCCGACGUGCGACUGGUGUUCAGCAACUGCGAAGUCUUCAACGAUGACGACAGCCCCGUGGGCCGCGCGGGACACUCGAUGCGGCAGUUCUUCGAAGACAGGUGGUCGCAGGCCUGACUGCUGCACUGUCAACGCACUGACGACUGUCGUUCUGAGUGAAAGUUUAUAAUAAAAGACAGCGAGCCAACACUGACUACUGUCGAAUUUAAGGGCAGUUAUAAUAAAAAUUGCUGGCAAAUGUAUUGAUUGCUGUCGGUUUGUGUGAAAGUUUAUAAUAAAAGUAAGCACUGACCACUGUUGAAUUGAGUUGCAAUUAUAAUAAAAAUUGUUAGCCAAUGUAUUGAUUGCUGUCGGUGUGAGCGAAAGUUUAUAAUAAAAGUCAGCUAGUCAGCACUGGCUACUGUCGGAUUAAGUGUGCAAUUAUAAUAAAAAUUACUGGUCAAUGUAAUGAUUGCUGUCGGUUUGAUUGACACUUUAUAGAAAAAGGCAGCGAGUCAGCACUGGCUACUGUUGGAUUGAGUGUGCAGUUAUAGUAAAAACAACUGGUUAAUGCAAUGACUGCUGUCAGUUUGAGUGAAAGUUUAUAAUAAAAGACUGAGUUAGCAUUGACUGUCGGCCCGUGUGAUAUAGAAAGUACAGUCGACUGAUACGUUGGUAAUGCAUUAACGACAGUAAAUACGAGUGAGACUUUACAAUAAAUGAUAGUUAACAUACUGACUACUGUCCGUCUCGUGUUAUGUAAUUAUUACAGUGGCUUGUUGCACUGUUCAGACAUUGAUUGUCAUAUUUAGUGAAGUUUAUAAUAAACACAAUAUGGACAGCUGGUCAGUACACUGUGUACUGUCGUUUUGAGUGAAAGUUUAUAAUAAUAAACAAUGGAUCAACGCACUGAUUUGACGACUGUCGACUUGAGUGAUAUUUUAUUAAUACAAUCGAUUGACUGUUAAUACUCUGAUGGCGAUUUGAGUGAAAGUUUAUAAUAAAAUUAGGUCAACAUACUGAUUGCAAUCAGACCGUAUGGUAACAUAAAAAUACAGUCCAAGGACUGUAGAAGUCGUGUUGUUUCAAUUAUUAUAAUUGUCGGAAUUAUAAAUGACUGUCGAUCUUAGUGAUUUAUAAUUAUUGGCCAUAUUGGAAAAUAGGUAUGGGUAAUAUCAGUACCGCUCUGAUAUCUAUUCAUACGAUAUCAACACAGAUGUCUGAUGUAUAUUAAUUUUAAUCGGUUGAUUUAUUUCAGUUACAUAUUACAUACAAUUUGUAUUAAUGCUUAUAAACGUUUUGUUGUGAAGCUAUUUUGUGCAUCUAAUAAAUAUAUAGUCGAUAUAUAUUGAGACAAUAUAUAGAUAUUGUAAUUAAUAAUAUGUAUGUAAUUAAUAAUUAAUAAGUAAUAUAUUACCCAUUCCUAUUGGAGAAUUGAAAUAUUUGAAAGUAAACUUUUGACUUAAUGAGACUGAUUGAGAAUGGAUAUGUAAAGUUACUAGUUGUUGUUAUGAGUAACUAGUUUGCUAUUAUAUUUUAAUAUAUAAAUCGGUUUGAGUAUAUACAGUAGUGUACAGUCACGCACAAUAAUACCUAUUGAAAUAUUACCUUUACUAAUAAUAUAAAUUUGAAAAUAAAUCUAUUUGUGACUUACACUUAUUAUAUAGAAUGGAUAUUAUUCAUCCUGUCAAUCGACAUAUCACCAGGAUAUGUCGAUUGACAGGGAUGGAUAAUUUUGCGGACAAAGUCGCGUGUAAAACUUGUUAAUUGAUAUUUUCUUUUGAUCAUACAUUAUGUUUUAGUAAUUGUUUUAUGGAAAAUAAUGAUAAAUCCAAAUAUUUUUGUGUGUGAUUGUACAAAAGAUCUUACAAUAUGGACUGUGGACAACUGUCAAUAAUUUGACAUAUGUCAAAAUACCAUAGAGCAAUCUAUUAUGCUCUAGAGUCGAGACUUGUAUUGAAAAUGUCUCAUACUAAUAUGACACGUUUAUGAUUUGUAAAAGGAUAGAUUAACGCGAUCAUUUUAGUAAACUAUGAUAAUGUUUUUGAGUUAUCUAGAAGUUUCUACCAGGUUACGCCGGUCGUCGACGACGCAUAAUAACUGAAAAACAAUAUAAAAUAUUGAAUUUGAAGGUACUAUUUGAAGUUUAUAAUUAUAUUUCGAUGAUUUCUGUAAUAUACGGUUAAAUCGACAUUUUUUCGGCUUCUUUUAAGUAAGUAAGAAGUUUCGUACCUCCCAUACGGAGUGGCCGUAUCCAUCUGUCAAUAUGGGAGCUUAAAUUUUUGUCGUUGUAUACAUUUACAGAAAAUGUCCAGUUUGUUUAAAAAAAAAUUUUGUUAAUGAUUUUUUGAUGAUUUAUUAAUCAAUGGUCGUUUUCCAUACGCUAACGAAAAAUUCUUUUAUUUAUGGAGAAAAAUAAAUAUUUCCAUUGGAAAUGUUCUCGGAUCCAUUUUUUUUUUUUUAAUCCAAAGCAGUCUAUUCUGAAGCAUUAAAUCUCUUGAAAGCAAAUAACAAACUAAAGGUUACGUGACCAUUUACCAUAAGAUGGGUUAUAUGCUUGCGUGCCACCUUUGUGGUAUAAAAAAAUAUUCUUUCUAUCUUAUUUGAUUCGCUAAAUUAUCAAAAUGGAUUUUUCAUCAAUACAUAGUAUAAAACAAAGUCGCUGUCGCUGUGUCGUCACUAUGUAUGCUUAAAUCUUGAAGCGGUUUUUUGCAAUAGAUAGAGUGAUUCCAGAGUAAUGUUUAUAUGUAUAAUACAUGCAUAGUAUUGUAGAGAAAAACACUAAUAAAUUUAGAGGUUUCUAAUGUGAUGUCGUAAAUAAAUACAUUUUUUUGCGCUUACAUUGCAAGUACUAACUGAACCCCACGAGAUAAAUCAAAAUAAUGUACUACAGUAUUGUACACCUUAAAAAGGUCAACAAAAAGUCCAGAAUGGUAUAUGUCUAUCUCUUAAGGAUAACCCACAAUAACCAUUUCUUAUCCUUUACAUUUUAGGGGAAAAAUGGCGUAUUUACGAAGUGAUUUUAAGCAAUACAGCAUUAAUUUUUAUCCAAUCAAGUAUAUUGACCAUUUACAACAUGUAAAUUAAAUGAUUAUUUUCGAAGAUAUUACAUUAUGAUUACUAUUUAGUAUCAGCAUUGCACCCGUGCGAAGCCGGGGCGCGUCGCUAGUUUUAGACAUAAAUAUAGAGAAUGAUGCCUCAGAGUCUACUCCAAUAUUUAGCUUUGCCAAUAGUAUGUUUUUUGAAUAUUUUUUUUUUAAUGUACACUGGCAAGCUAAAUGAUCGAUUCACCCCGUUCACACUUACUGAAAUACAUAUAUAAUGGGUCCCGAUUAUAGAACAAUAAAAAAAAAAGUUCAAUUUUUUUUUCAAACAGUCAAUGUUUUGUUUCCCUCAAACACGAUUAAUUUUAGUCAGGUAUUUAAUUUAUUGUUUGCCAGUAUAUUUUUCAAUGGAAAUGUAUUUGUAUAUGGCAAUGUGUAUAAAUACGUUAACUUAUAUUUAUAUAAUUGCUAUUACAAUAUAAAUUCUGAUUGCAAGUUCAGAAUAAAUUAAUUUCCAUUUAAAAAUUCAUUCCACAUUUCUCGAUGACAAAAACACUAAGCAUUCCAUAAAUAUAUGGACUUACGACCUUUUAGGUCAUAUUGGAUAUGAAAUUGUAAAAAAAUACGAAUCUCAUGUAUAAAUUACGGACUUUUAUAAAAAAAAAAGAAGGAAAAAUGUGAGCAACGCACACAUUAAUGAUGAGUGUAUUUAAUUGUGUAGGUCACUGUACAUAGAUAGUAUUAACUUUAGACUCUAAAAGUAUUAGAGCAAGAUCUAUUUUUAAGUAUAGGCGAUGUAGAAUUAUUGAAUGUCAUUUUCGAAUAUUAUUUUUAUAAUAAUUUGCGAGUAGCAACGAAGCAGUAUUUUUAAUAAAUUCAUUAUAUUUAUUGACAAUCGAAAAUAAUAGUUCUCAAUUUAAUUUUUGAAUUUCGAAUACUUGUUUCGGUGGCCAGUUAUAGUAGAGUGACUUCUUGUAAAUGUAUUGGAUGUGUAAAAAAAAAUUAAAAAUAGUCUAUUUAAAAAAUGUUUCUCUAUAGAUGCGAAUAACGUAGCUGCAUAGUGAGAGAAUAAGUAGAUGUAACGGCUCGGCAGUUACUGUGACCGGUUUCUGUAACUUCGUAUUCGGUUCGACGUUUCUCGAUCGCAAUGAUCGGCUGUGACGGACCCAACAUAAAUUUUCUAAUAUUCCCGCUUUUUAAACGCAUUAAAUAUACAUAUUUUAUUUAAUCGAUACCAUUGACUGAUAGGUCAAUAAAUAUAUCGAGAAAUGUAGUUCCGAUCAUGCAUUUUAAUUAUUGUAUAACGUUUUUUAGAGAAUUUACAAUAAUAAGGGCGACAUUUCAUAUCAACUAUACUCAUAAAAAUGUAAUUUAGCUAUUGGAUUGUGUACCUCUUUCUUUCAACCUAAAUUCUUUAUUUGAAAUGUGAUAAAAGAGUUCAUGAGUUGUCAUAGGUCUAGGAAGAUAAGGCUGUAUGGCUUUAUUCCUUUCUAUGACUAUAAUGACUUAUUUUCUUUUUUUUCCCAUUGUGAAUAAAUUUACUACUAGUAAGAUAGAUGUUUAUGAAUUAAUAGUUUCAGCCACUCAUCGUCGCCCAUUGUAAAUUCUGUAUUAAAUAACAUAAUAUAAUUGGACUUUUAUUAAUAAAAUAUAUAUAGAAUUAUUGUGAUUAUUUAGAAUUUUUUAACAAACGGAAAGGCAAAGGUGUCACAAGCAAAGUGCCGAAUAAUUUGUAAAACCUCGUGGUCGAUUCUGGUAGAUAAACUAAAACUUUAAAAUUUAAUUUGAUAUUUAUUUUUGAAACUGGUAUUUGAAUAAUAUUUUAGUUUUUGAAAAUAUCGCUUCAGUAUCGACUUCGAUGCACUUUUGCAUUACCUAUAUAUCGUUAUGUAUCUAUAUAUUUUUAUUAGUAAAAGUCAUAUAUAAGAUAUCAGUUAGUCUGCCUACAUUGAAAAAUUGUAAAUUGAGUGAUUGAAUGAAUGUUUGUUAUUGUUUUGGAUUUCUUACACAUAUCAGAGUGCUGUAUUAGUUUUCAAGUGGAUUAUGUGUCAUUAAAUAUGCCCUUCAACGUUUGAAAUAUAAGUAAAUCCUAUCUAUUGCAAAGUAACUGUCCUUUGCGUGAUUUUUUUUUUAUUGGUGAAAUAAAUCAAGGUGAUAUAAUUCAUGUUCAAAAUUAAAGAAAAAAAUGGUUGAAGAAAUAAAUUUGACAAUGGACAUUUAAAAGGUAUCCAAACACGAUCAACUUAAAGUCAACUUGUUCUUUUGUAUAAUUUUUGGGCAUUCAAUGUUAUGAUGGAAAUUUCCACCAUUAUGCAAAGAAAGGUUAAAACAAUGAUGAAUGGAUGAAGAUGAUAUGUCGAUUUGCAAUAGACUUCAAAAAGAAGAAGCUUUUCAAUUCGGUUAUAUUUUUUUUAUGUUUGUUGAUGAAUAAAUUAAUUCGGUUUAGAACUGUUGAAGUUAUGAAGUAACAAACAAAAAAAUACAUCCGAUUUGAGAACCCUCUUCCUUUUGAAGUCGGUUGAAAAUAUUAGCGCUUUAAAUAAUACAAUUUAAAGCAUUUUAUUUUUAUGUCAUCAAAAAUUAUAUUUAAAAUUGGAAACGGUAUUCUGUAUUCAAUACCUUAUAAUUAUGGAUAAUGUUAUAAACAAUGGUUUUAAAAUUUAAGAGAUGACUAAUACCUUAGUACUUUUUUUUUAUACAACUUAGAAUGGCAAACAAACUGACGGUCCACCUGAUGGAAAGUGGUAACCGUCGCCUAUGGACAUGAGCAGUGCCAUGGACAUAACAGAGUAUACUGUUAUUCCUCUGUACCCAGUAAAUUCACACAACAUCCCACCUUUCAAACCGAAACACAGCCAUGCAAACACAACUGCUUCACGGUUGAAACACGAAUGGGACAGAGGUACCCAAGCAAUCGACUUUUGUACAAAGUCUCCCUCUGGUAAUACGAAUACGAAUCUGGUGGUACGAAUGAAAAGUAAUAAUUAUAUGGCAGAACAACAUUUGCAAAUGUUGCAACAUUUGUUCAACAAAUAAAUGUUAAUAUUAAAUAAAUAUUAACUGUAUUGAUUUAAUAUUGACAAUUCUUUUUCUUUUUAAAUAUUUACACAGUAACUCUGAUAUGUGAAAGGUCUAUAUACUUCGGCACAAAUUAUUCCAUACGAGCAAUUUUAUGUUUUUAAUUGUUGUAAAAAACACUGCAUUCAAAAGUCUAUACGGACAGUGAUGUUAGAAGUGUAGCAAUAUGUUGUUUAAUAUCAGAUUACUGACGGAGUUUUAUUUGUAAAAUAUGAAAAAAUACAUUAUUUGAUAUUGAGCUAUGUCGCCCAAAGUUUUAAUUUAUUUAUAAAUUACUCACCGCACUUACAGUAUCCCAAAACGUGUAGUGAGCCAUGGGUUUAUUUUACAAACUUAAAAUUUUUAAACAACAUUCAUUUUAACAAAAAUAAUCAUCAUCAUUGUCUUAUCAUCUUAUUAUGUCUGUCCACUGCUGAACCUAGGCCUCCCCCAUAGACUGCCAUAAAGAACGGAGCCGUUCCUUGGGGCAGUUUACCUUUGGGAGAUGUUGCCAGUCGUUGCCAUGCUUGGUAGAAUGUUCUAACUAUAUCAAAUUUGUAUAUUAUAUUAUUUUUAAAAUACAUUUUAAUUUUGCUUGCAGUGUUUUUACAUAUUCUUCUAGUUAGUUUGUAUAAAAUGUACGAGUCUUUUUUUAGCUGUUUUCAUAUAUUAUUUAUUAUAUUUUUUAUUUAUUCUCUAAUAAAUUGGCGACAUAUUACUGUGUACUUAUGUUGACAAAUAAUUUUAAUGUGAACAUAAUAAAUAUUAGUCGAAUACGCAUACCUACUUUUAAUGGAACUUAAUUUUUUUUAUAUUUUAAGAAAAAAUAUUUUUUUUUUUUUUAAUAGUGAACUAUUUAGUCAAUAUAUUUGUUCCGAUUUUUUUUUUAUUAGAGAUUUUGCUAAUAAGUAUGUUUCAUUUGAAAUGUGAUUUUACAACUAGAACGCCACAAAAGUAUAAAAAAAAACUUAUUACAUUACGAAGUAUUUUUUAACGAAAGUAUUAAUUUUAAAUAAGCUCUGUACUCACAUCCCGCGUCCAUAUUUUGUAUUUUUUUUUUUUUUAUUAAAUUAUUGCUUGGUUAGUUAUUUUAAUUGACACAUGUCGGCCAAGUGAGCGUGAACCUUACUGCCAGUGUAUAAGGUCGAUGUUUGUAUACAUAAUUGGAUACUGUUCGAUUCGUCCGCGACGCAAGAAUGCGACAGUACUAUAUUAAGAUGUUUAUGUUGUGUGCAACGGUUGAUUUUAACUAUAAAAUGGAUAUAUAAAUUAUAUAUACGAAUAAAUAAAUAAUUUUUUGAAGCACU